AUGGAGCGCAAAGUGUCCAACCCCCACUGGGGUAAACCUAAACUUCAAGACAUGAGUGCUGAACACAAAACAAGAGAACUAAGCGAUAAUCUCUAUAUUACUGAAAUUCCAGCCAAUGCUUUUGGCAUUACCAAUGAUCUACUGUCAGUAAGGCUAUAUAGCAAUGGCUUCCGCAAAGGCUGCCAUCAUGCUUUCAACAAUGGCACAAAGCUGACUGUAGUGCACCGUGCAUGAAAUAAACAAUUGACAAGGCUGGAUGAGAGAAUGUUUGCUGGGACAAGCACUGGGCCAAUGCUCUGUGGAGUGCCUUUUGAUGUAUCAGAAUCUGCUGUCACUUCUCUACCGACCAGAGGCUUGGAGUCACUUCUAGAACUCUGUGCUCCAAAUGUCUGGACUCUCAAAAUUCACUUACCAAUCAAGACUUUCAGACACGUGAUAACAGCAGACCUUACCUACCCCAGCCACUGCUGUGCAUUCAAGAACUUGAAGAAAAAAAGAGGGUACUUAGAGGACAUCAUAUGUAACCUCACUGCCAGGUAUAACCAACUUCAAAAAAGAUCUGUGGGGAACUUUACUAUUCCUGGCCUGCACAGCAGCAUGGAACCUGGCAUUGAUUCAGGUGAUAACCUCUUUAGAGACACCUAUGACCACCAGGACUUUUACAGCAACCUGCACUACCACACCUACUUUGGUGGGCACCCAGACGAUGAUGUGGGCUUUGGCGACACGCUGAAGAACCAGGAAGACACCAGCCAUGAGUUUGACAGCCGCUAUGACUACAUUGUGUGUGAAGAGGAGAGAGGAUCGUUGCCUGUUUUCCUGCUCCUGAUUUAGUUCAACCCAUGUGAGGACAUCAUGGGUUUUAGCUCCUCUAAGGUAUCUGUGUGGUUUGUCAGUUUGCUUGCUGUGUUGGGAAACCUGCUGGUACUCUUGGUGCUGCUCACCAGCCACUACAACUGUCGGUUUUCAAGGUUUUUAAUGUGCCACCUGGUUGCUGAUCUGUGUAUGGGUAUUUACCUUUUGCUGAUUGCUUCCGUUGACCUCCACACACGUUCUGAAUACUACAAUCAUGCUAUUGAUUGGCAGACAGGCCCAGGAUGCAGCCUAGCUGGUUCUUCUCUGUCUUUGCUGAGUGAACUUUCAGUCUACACACUGACCACUAUUACUCUGGAACGUUGGUAUGCUAUCACAUACGCCAUGCGCGACUGGACCGUAAGUUGGCGUCUGUCCCAUGCUUCAGUCAUCAUGCUGGUAGGCUGGAUCUUUUGCCUCUUAUUGGCUCUUAUGCCUCUCUCAGGGGUCAGCAGCUAUCAAAAGGUCAGUAUUUGCCUGCCCAUGGACACCCAGACACUUGUGGACCAGAUCUACAUCCUAUGUGUGCUUGUUUUUAACAUCCUGGCUUUUCUGGUCAUUUGUGCGUGUUACAUCAAGAUCUAUUGUGCUGUUCACAACCCCAGUCAUCAGUCUGCCAACAAAGACACCAACAUUGCCAAGCGUAUGGCUGUGCUCAUUUUUACAGACUUCCUCUGUAUGGCACCGAUUUCGAUGUAUGCUAUGACCGCUGCAUUGGACCACCCACUCAUCACUGUGUCAAACUCCAAGAUCCUCUUGGUGCUCUUUUACCCUCUGAAUUCUGCGCUUAACCCUUUCCUAUAUGCCAUCUUCACCAAGGCCUUCCAAGGAGAUGUCUUUAUACUGCUCAGCAAAGUGGGUCUCUGUAAACGUCAGGCUCAGCUUUGAGGUCAGACAAUAUCUUCAAAGGCAAGCAGCAGAGGAAUCACUAGACGUGAGAGGGGAGCAAACAGAAGCAAGCUGAGACCCUAUUUCGCUUCUAGAUUUUUCAUGCAACCAGCCAGUCACCCAACAGCAGAAGGACAGUGA